AUGCCAAAACUGAAACUAGAGGUGCCAUCAACACCAGGCGAGUGGGAGCAAGUUGCCCGAGGCUUCGAAGAAAUCUGGCAGUUCCUUCACUGCCUGGGUGCCUUAGACGGGAAGCAUGUCACGAUCUGCCCACCUCAGGGUACAGGAGCUAUGUACCGAAACUACAAGGGUACCUUCAGCAUUGUGUUGAUGGCCCUUGUGGACUCUGAUCUGAAGUUCCUGUACGCUGAUGUGGGUAGGAAUGGUCGUAUGAAUGACAGUGGUGUAUGGACUGCCACGGAUCUACGGGCACGUAUUGACCGGGGCAUUGCUGAGUUUCCGAAAGCAGCCCAGCUGCCAAACUCAACGAAGACGGCACCUUUCGUCAUCGUGGGGGACGAAGGGUUCGGCAUGAAGCCAUACCUGAUGCGGCCGUUUCCAGCGUUAGAGCUGGAAGAUGCCGAAAGGAUCUUCAACUAUCGGCUUUCCCGGGGACGCCGAAUUGUUGAAAACGGCUUCGGCAUCCUCCGGAACAGAUUCCAAGUCUAUGGGGCUCCUCUUCGUCACAAGCCGGACAGAGCGGUGAAGGUUGUGAAGGCGACUAUUGCCUUACACAACUACCUUCGGACGAAGAACGGCACGCGGGCAAGGUACACACCACCCGACAGCCUUGAUGUUGAAGACGUGCUCACAGUCACUGUACGUCAAGGCAGCUGGAGAAAGGGUGUGAACGACAAAGCAGUCUUCCCCCUGGAGCGCAUUGGUGGCAGACAACCAGACGACGCCAAGGCUGUUCGUGAGGUCUUCAGAGACUACUUCAUGAAUGAAGGCCAGGUUUCUUGGCAGUGGAAGGUGCUGGAGUAACGGCACCACGACCAAACUGGCUGCGAUUGAGUUCUCCAC